AUGGCAGUGCUAACUAUAGGGGCUCCAUUAUAUCUUGUAGCUGGUAUUAUAGGGUCUCGGUAUGGUACUAGAGACUGUUUGGAGAACAAUUCCAUUUCUGUUCCAAGAACUUUUCAAACAACCACCCAACAACCAUUCCCAACAACCAUUCCCAACAACCAUUCCCUACAACCAUUCCCUACAACUAUUCCCAACGACCAUCCAACAACCAUUCCCAACAACCAUUCCCAACAACCAUUCCCUACAACCAUUCCCAACAACCAUUCCCAACAACCAUUCCCAACAACCAUUCCCAACAACUAUUCCCUACAACCAUCCCCAACAACCAUUGCCAACAACCAUUCAACAACCAUUUCCAACAACCAUUCCCAACAACCAUUUCCAACAACCAUUCCCAAAAACCAUCCAACAACCAUUUCCAAAAACCAUUCCCAACAACCAUCCAACAACCAUUCCCAACAACCAUUCCCAACAACCAUCCAACAACCAUUCCCAGCAACCAUUCCUAACAACCAUCCAACAACCAUUCCCAACAACCAUCCCCUACAACCAUUCCUAACAACCAUUCCCAACAACCAUUCCCAACAACCGAUUCCCAACACCCAUUCCCAACACCCAUUCCCAACAACCAUCCAACAACCAUUCCCAGCGACCAUCCUAACAACCAUCCAACAACCAUCCCCUAAAACCAUUCCUAACAACCAUUCCCAACAACCAUUCCAAACAACCGAUUCCCAACACCCAUUCCCAACAACCAUUCCCAACACCGUUCCGCCAACAAUUCCGAUUUGGUUUCAGCCACCCCUUCAAUUAUAUUCAGAAAAAAAAACAUUUAAGAGAACCAAGAUUUGA